GUCACCUCCUCCUGGGAGCCGGCCCUGACCACCUCUGAAUCUGGGUUAAAUACCCACGGCAUGUGCCCCUGUAGCCACCCAUGCUUCCUUUUUGGGGAAUUAUCACCCUGUGAUGAAAUGUUCAGUACUCUGACGACUUCUCUGUACCUCUCUCUCGACCGUGGAGCGUCAUGGAAGUCUGUCUUGUGUGUCUGCAUUUGCAGCGCUUAGCACAAAACCUGGCACCCACAGCACAUCAUGGAUUUUCGUUAAGUAGGUGUUGAAUGGGUGCAGGUGGCCUGGCUGGGGAUCUGAAACCUGGAGAACGGGCUGUACGUGGUGCCUCAGGGUGUCCUUGUCUUUCACUCGCUUUCUGUCUCCCGCGGGACUACAGCCCUGUGCGUGUGCACAGACACGGAACGGCUGCAGGCGGCAGCGGCCCGUGUGCCUGGUUUGCUUUGGGAAGCGCUUCCUCUCCUCGCUCUCCGCUUUGCCCCAUGCCCUGAUGUUGCAGCCCGGCCUGCGGUGCCCCAGGCUGCGCCCAGGGUGCUGUGCAGAGUGACACCCUGGCCACCACUGCCCAUGUUCACAGUCCCCGGCUCAGCACUGCUGCUGGCUCGUCAGUACAGCCCUGGCUCACUGGCCCCAGGACCUUGGUGUUUUUCUGGUCACGUCCUCUCUCUGCUUCGCGUGGUCCCUCACGUUGCCCGAGCCGGGGCCCAAGUCUGCCACCCUCUUGGCCAGCUUGUGCGGCCAGCGUGGCAGCUCCUGCAUGGAAGAAGCCCGGGGCCCGGGCACCCUCUCUGCCUUGCUUCACAGCUUUGCGUUUGUCAGCCUGGGCUCGGUGCAGGCGGUGGCCCUCGGGAUCCAGGAGCUGAACAGCAAGCUCUUCCACAAGCAGAGACUGAAUUCCAGCAGGAGACCCCCAGGAGGAGCCCUGACUGGGCGGAGCGGCCCCCCCGCCCCCAGCGGCCAGCUGGCCCAUCUCGCUCCUGUGGCUUGCGUCGAGCCCUGUGAGACAGAGAGGCUGAGGGCAGCCUUCUUGGCAGUUCCCAUGGAAAUGAGGAGCUCCUUCCCCGUGCUGCUGAGGGGAUGCUUCCAGGACCUGCACUGGCUGGCCCUCAUCUGCCAUGUUCACGGGCCCGUCGGGCUGCUGCCGACUGGUGGUGUCCCGCCACGCACGUCACUGAGGUACGGGGUGGCCGCCAGGGUGAGCCUGCACCAGAACAUGCAGAUGCUGUGCAGCACCCUGGCCAGGGCCGAGGAGCAGCAGCCCUACCGUGCAUCCACCCUGCCGCGGGGGACCUGCUGUCUCACUGAGAACCGCCUAGGCGACCGCAGCUAUGCCUGGGACAGGUGCUGGAUACUGGACAGGGUGGACACCUGGGCUGCGGUCAUGUCCGUCGAUUUUGGCCAGCUGCCCACCAUCCCUGUGCAUUCACUGCGCAGCCUGGACAGCGACACCUUCUGGGCCAUCCCCCCUCCGGCUCAGCCGUUCAAGCUGGAGAAAAGUGAGACCUGUGUUCCUGUCGGGGUUGUCCAUCAGAUUCUCAGAGGGAGAGUCCCUGGGGCUGUGAACUGGGAGAUAAGCACCCCUGCCAUGCAUACCCUGGCUGCCCUCCCCAGGCCACGCUCAGGGCCUGCUGCGUGCCCUGCCCAGGCCGGAAACCCUGUGUACAGCCGGCAUUGGGAGGAACAAGCUGAAGUUCCCCAAGGGGUCAGGUGGACCCGCUGGGGGCGGUCCUUCCUUCACUGUGUUUCUUUGCCUUCCAAUCCUGUCCUCAAGUUUGAAGAGUUUGAGUGACGGGCUCCAGGUGGCAUUCGGCCUCUCCCGCGUGCCCCAGGUCUACUCGGCCUGCCCUGCCCUCCUGCGCCCCUUUGACUCCCGAGUCCUGGAGGUGAAAAAGGCCAGACUGGGCCCAAGGCUUUCCGUUUCCAUUUUACCUCGCUCCAAGCUCACCUCUCAUGAGACAUUCCUUUGUCUCUGGGUCUUGUGGGCACGGACGCUGGACCCACAGCCAAGACGCUUCCAUUCACCUGAAAGCCUACAGCAGCCAGUGUGGUUUUUGUUACUUUCUUUUUUUCCCCUGCAUCUCUUCCUUGUGCCCAGAGCAUGACAGAAGCCGCCCCAGCAGACUCUGGGGAUGGGGGCCCUGUCUGGUGUCCCCAGCGUGCCGUUCUAAGCGAGUAGAGCCUGUUUAACCAAUGAACCAUCGCCUUGGCAAAUGAAUAUUGCUAGGUUUCUUGAGUCUGGGGUGACCAGUUCCUCUCUCUAGCUGCCCUACCCUGCCCACUAAAACUGCUGUGGUAACACCGUGAAGCCAGUGGGCUGUGGGCCCCGCACACCCUGCCGGGGAUAGUGCCCCGCUUCUCUUGGCCUCCUGGGUGGAGAGCUGUAAGGUCACAGAAAGCAGAGGGAGCCCCGGCUGGGGAAGUGGCAGCCCCGCGAAACCCGGAUGUCUGCAGCUCACAGCCGCCGUGCCUACCGACGCGGGAAUCUGAACCCCCGUUACUUCUUUAAAUAACUUUACUGGAGCCAAACUAUUUAAAUAAUUUUAUUUGUUUCAUCCUUUGGUAGAUGAGAAAAAUACAUUACAAAAUACAUUGUACAGAGGACAGCCCACACUGCUAAGAACACAGUCCACAUGCCCGCCAGGGCCGGUAGCGAGCGUGGGAGCGAACCACCAGGCGUGGAAGACCGUGGAGCAGCUCCUCCUGUGUCCCAUUUACCUCACCCUCAGCGUGUUAGCACCCUUGGUCGUCAGGCAGAGGCGGGUGGAGUUGGAGCAGCGCUGGGUGGGGGUGGGACGGCUGAACCCCGCACCCACCUGAAGCAGCGAGGCCGUGGGAUGUUAGAAGCAGGCAGGGGCGCUGUGCCCAGGCAGCUGGCCCCACGUGGGUCUUCCCGUGGCUGUCUGCGGGCACGGCAGCCUCGGCCCCACAGCGAGCUCCCCGACCAGCCGCGGGCAGAGUCCUGCUCAGGCUGUCGCCACGGCACGCCCUUCCACGCACGGGCGCCCGGCCUCGCCUCCCGCCCAGCCAUUCUGCAGGCCCAGGGCGAGGACACGGAGUGCAGGCCAACCCCCUUCGAGGCAGGCUUUUCCAGCAGGAUCCACCGAGCGGAGAGGCUUACAGAAUCCGCGAGACUCCGGGGAAGGCGACUCACUUCCGAGCCGCACGCGUCUGCUUCCACAAAACCAAGGAAUCGAGGCAGGAGGAGGGUGAGCGGAGCUUACCAGGGAGCGCCGUCCCGGAGGGCGGGCCCAGCAAGCGCUGCAGUUGCAGCCCUGUCGCAGCCGGCUGCCGAGACGCAGGUCCCAGAGCACCCUCGGCGGCCGAGCCCCAGCCCCGCUCGGUUCAUCUGAAGCAGUCCCGUGCAGCAGCCUCGGUCCCGUUCGCGAAG